UGGGUUUUGCCUGUGUACACAAUCACACACUGACACCGCAAAACCUCCUACCAUAUCGAACUGCUCCUCUGUAAACUGAAGUUGGAAGAUGGAAUCUAAACCCUCAAGUUCGCCGCCAAAUUUCAUCGAUCAGCAAGUGGUUCCUGGAGAUGUGGUUUUGGAUCUUUCAACAAUGACUAAUCAAACAAUUAAGCUCGGCAGCGGCCUCCGUCAGGAUGGUGAUGCUAUAUCAGCCAUAAAAGCGGGAGUGCUCAGGUUUGCAAAGCCAAAUAAGUAUUGGGUUGAAAGCUCUCAGAAAAGGUAUGUACCUUGCGCUGGAGAUACAGUUCUUGGGAUUGUGGUAGAUUCUAGAUCAGAUAACUUUCUUGUGGACAUUAAAGGACCAACUUUGGCAUUUUUGCCUGUACUUGCAUUUGAAGGUGGAACAAGGAGGAACAUACCAAAAUUUGAGGUUGGUACUCUACUUUAUGUCCGUGUUGUCAAGGCAAAUGUUGGGAUGAACCCUGAGCUUUCAUGCAUGGAUGCUAGUGGAAAGGCUGCUGAAUUUGGCCGUCUCAAAGAUGGUUAUAUGUUUGAAUCAUCAACUGGCUUAUCAAGAAUGCUGCUCAGUUCUCCAACAUGUCCUGUGCUAGAGGCUUUUGGGAAAAACCUCUCCUUUGAGAUAGCAGUUGGUUUAAAUGGCCGUGUUUGGGUAAAUGCUGAGUCUCCAGCAAAUUUAAUUCUUGUUGCAAAUGCAAUUAUGAAAUCCGAGUCAUUGAGUGCAGUGCAGCAGAAAAUUCUGGUUGAGAGACUGCUGAAGAGAGUCCAGUGAAUAAAGCUCUUCCAAAAGUUUUUAACCAUAUUUGAUGAGGUGUCUUCGAUAACCUUUUGGGGAGCUGCACGGUGAGUACUUAGUGAACAAAAGAAGAAUUGUUAUUCCACCUUUGAGCUUGAUAAAUGAAUGGUCAGCCUGCUAUAAAUGCUAAGAUCUUCGGCGGGCUAUAUAAAUUAUGUUCAUGCCCUUUGGGCUGAGGGAGGACAAUUCUGGUCAAGUUCAAUUGAGUUGAAUGACAGAUUUCCGUUUCUUCUGUCUUUCUCCAUCAGAAUCUUGUGAGCAGUUGGUGGGCGUUUUGACUGAGAAGCUCAAGGUUGAGCGUGAUUUUGCUUCGACAAAUUAGUCUUGGUCAUAUCUAGAAAUCUUCUUUAAAACAUACAUCUAAUUUUGGGAGCUGUCAUUUGGCUAUGUAGAAUGAAGUCAGACCACUAGGGAGGUGCCACUUUUGUGGUGUCUUGGUAGCUGAUGGUAAAAGCUGUUAUAUAUGAGUUCAGAGAAAAAUGUGACUGAUUAUUAUGUGCUGCUGCACAUAAAAUUGUACUCAAGUCCAAGUUUAUCUAAUACACUUAACUGGUAAUGACCCAAUUUCAGACAUUAUUACUAGUUCUAAA